AUUCCACCUCUAUACUUCAAUCCUUAUUCAAUCCAAAACCCAUCAGCCUCGCCGCGCGCUGGCCCGCAGGCCCGGCCAACCCAAACCCCCCUCGAUACACAUAUCUUCUUUCGAUCACUGCCGUGCUUUCCCUCAGGGAAACCACCUAUACAAGAUGCAGGGCUUCAACAUGGGACGCUAUGUCCCCCCCGACGUCGAAGGCACUACCUCCGGCAACGCCCUCCACAAGAAACACCCCCUCGGCGCCCGCGCCCGCCACCUGAAAACCACCGGCGCUUUGAUCGUGCGCUUCGAGAUGCCGUUUGCGGUAUGGUGCACGACGUGCACGCCGCACGAGACGCUGAUCGGGCAGGGGGUGCGCUUCAACGCCGAGAAGAAGAAGGUGGGUCACUACUACUCGACGCCCGUGUACAGUUUCCGCAUGAAGCACGCGGCGUGUGGCGGGUGGAUUGAGAUCCGCACGGAUCCGCAAAACACGGAGUAUGUGGUGGUGGAGGGGGGACGGCGGAGGGAUGUGGGGAUGAUGGAUUCUGUGGGCGGGGAGAUUGUGGUGGGGACGGGGCAGAGCAAAGCCGAUGCGUUUGCGAGGUUGGAGGGGAAGGUGGACGAUAAACGGCAGGCCGAUGAGGCGCGGGAUCGGAUUUGGGAGCUGCAAAGCCGACAGAUGCGCGACUGGGAGGAUCCCUACGAGCAAUCGAGGCGGUUGAGGAGGUCGUUUCGGGAGGUGCGCAAGGGGUUGGAGAGGAAGGAGGCGGAGACGCAGACGCUCAAGGAUAAGUUGAGUUUGGGGAUUGAGGUGCUGGAGGAGAGUGAGGCGGAUCGCGUCCGCGCGCGGAUGGUCGAGUUUGGGGAUGCAAGAAGCGGCGACCGGAGAGCGAUGCGGUUGAAGCCGCUGUUUGCCGACGCACACUCUGCACCCCCAGCUAGGGUGGGGGAUGCGGCGGAGCAGCGCAAGGCUGUCCUGCGCAGUGAGCUGAGGGGGAAUACUCGCGCGGUGGUGGAUCCGUUUCUCAGUAGCGAUGCUAGUGAGUGGCGGCCGGAGAGCAAACGGCGGAAGGUGGUCGCAGAGAGUAGACCUGGCGAGGAGGCGCGGGGAAGCAGUGCGACGCCGGAGAAUCACGGUAAACCAGUAGGGACGGCCCCCUUGGCUUCCGCUGCGCUGGUGGACUAUGCGUCAGACUCUGAUUGA